CGCCCAGCCCAGUGUCUCAUCGCCUGGAAUAGAGAAGCCGAGGAGAAGACUCGAAAAAGGAGGCGAAAACUGUGUCGGCGCAGAAGACAAAGCUGAUACAAUGGCCGCUAAAUCCGACGGGGUGCUAAAGAUGAAGAAGAGUGAUGUAGCAUUUACGCCUUUGCAGAAUUCGGAUCACUCGGGUUCGGUUCAAGGGCUCGCUCCGGGAUCGCAGCCGGAUUCUGGAACCGGAGAGGCGGACUUAGUCAACGGGGAGACGCGCUGCUGUGGCUCGAAUACGACAUGUCUCCGCCUUGGCAGGGAGCAGCAGAAAUACACGGUCUGGGACUUUCUGUGGAUCCUCGCCGCUUUGGUGGUGUAUUUCGCUGAUGUGGGCACAGAUAUCUGGCUUUCGGUCGACUAUUACCUCCGCCGCGACUAUUGGUGGUUCGGGCUUACGCUGUUUUUUGUGGUGCUCGGCUCGUUCUCCGUUCAGGUCUUCAGCUUUAGAUGGUUCGUCCAUGAUUUCAGCACCGAGGAGAGCUCCUCUGGCGGGGUGGCAAGCUGCUCCCACAUGGACGGGAAGCUGCUCAGCUGCUCCACUUCUCAUGGAGACGUUGGAGCCCACCCGUCUACACCUCAAAGGCAGGCAUCCACAGCGAGUAAAAGCAACACCACAACCAACAGCAGCAACAGCGCUACCGCACCCCGGACUAGUAAGACACGCUCAGCGUCCUGUUCCCUCUGUAUCUGGAUAUUGCAGUCCGUCAUACACAUCUUACAACUCGGACAAAUCUGGAGGUACUUCCACACCAUAUACCUGGGCAUCAGGAGCAGGCAGAGUGGAGAGCAUGACCGCUGGAGGUUUUACUGGAGGAUGGUGUAUGAGUAUGCAGACGUCAGCAUGCUCCAUCUACUGGCUACGUUCCUGGAGAGCGCCCCUCAACUGGUGCUCCAGCUCUGUAUCAUCAUACAGACUCACAAGCUCCAGGCUGUACAGGGGAUGACAGCGGCUGCUUCUCUGGUAUCUCUAUCCUGGGCUCUUGCCUCCUACCAGAAAGCCUUGCGUGAUUCCCGUGAUGACAAGAAGCCCAUCAGCUACCUUGCAGUCAUCAUCCAGUUCUGCUGGCAUUUCUUCACCAUCGCCGCUCGGGUGGUGACCUUUGCUCUCUUCGCCUCCGUGUUCCAACUCUACUUCGGCAUCUUCAUCGUGCUCCACUGGUGUAUCAUGACCUUCUGGAUCGUGCACUGCGAGACCGAAUUCUGUAUCACCAAGUGGGAGGAGAUCGUCUUUGACAUGGUGGUGGGCAUCAUCUACAUAUUUAGCUGGUUCAACGUGAAGGAGGGACGUACCCGCUGUCGUCUCUUCAUCUACUACUUCAUGAUCCUGCUGGAGAAUACAGCCCUGAGCGCAUUAUGGUACCUGUACCGCUCACCACCCAGCACAGACGCCUUUGCCGUUCCUGCCCUCUGCGUCAUCUUCUCCAGCUUCUUCACUGGCAUUGUCUUCAUGCUCAUGUACUACACUUUCUUCCAUCCCAAUGGGCCACGUUUUGGCCGCUCUGCCAGCUUAAUUCAGCUAGAAGACCCAACCACUACAUUCACACUGCCCCCAGAGGGCGCCACCAACUCCCUGCGCUCCAACCGUGGAGGCACGCUGUCCAGGGACGCUGAUCGUGAGGCCAAGUACAGUGAGCGAGACGGCUGUGUGCCAGUCUUUCAGGUGCGGCCCACCGCCCCCUCUACGCCCUCCUCCCGUGCCCUGCGCCUGGAGGAGACAGUCAUCAAAAUAGACUUGUGCAGGAAUCGCUACCCUGCCUGGGAGAGGCAUGUGCUGGACAGGAGUAUACGGAAAGCCAUACUGGCCAUCGACUCCUCCCCUACCCCACCCCGUCUCCAGUAUAAAGACGACACACUGGUUCAAGAGCGUCUGGAGUAUGAGACCACCUUGUAGCCUGCGCUGUGGAAACACACAUACA